AUGACUCCCCCGAAGCCGAGCUCCCGUCUUGCAGUGGCUGCCGGAAACGGAAACUCAAGUGUUCCAGACAGAGACCAGCUUGUUCCAAUUGUGAGCGAUUGGGUGAGUCUACAGUCAAGACCAGGGUUGAAGGAAACUUAUUCAUGUUAUCCAGGUGCACCUUGUAUUUACGAAGACCGUCGAACGAAGCCGGGUUUGAAAGGCGGUGCUGUUGAGAGUCUGAAUCAGCGUCUAGAAAAGGUCGAGAAAGCAUUGUUCUGCUCCGAGAAUGUCGAAGCUACAAAAGACUCUAAAGGUACAAAGUGUGAUCUCUCUGGCAACAGGACAAGUAACAACAGCUCCGCGCCCCUAGAGGCAGUCCUUUCAACCCUCGCCUGUGAGUUACAGAAGCUAAAUCAGAGCAUUGAGCCGACUCGCAAAAGAAAGUAUGAGUACGACCCAUACAGAAAAGUCUCCGAACUUUUCAAGAGACGAAGACAAGGCGAAGCCGAGGAGCAGCUUAAGUCCAGUAAUAGGGACGCCACUCAGCGACAAACUCGUCAGGGUUCAAUAUGCGGGAUCGAUAUCAUUCAAGACUAUUUAGAUAAACUAGUUGAGGCACAUUUUGACAAUGUCCAGCCAUGGAUACCAAUGGUCAUCAUGAGAGGCUUCCAUGACCGACUUCAGACAGCAACCGAGCAACGCAUGACAAUUGUGCUUGAGGCAAUGAUGAUAGCUUCCCUGCGCUAUGUUGAAAUCAAUGGUAACCCACUGGAGACUUCGUUUAUCAAUAGUGAGACGUCAAGGUCACGAAAGACUGUGAUGAUGGAUGCGAUGGAGGGUCUAAAGACUGAGAAUUUGCAAGCACUCAUUAUGCUUGCAUUCACUGAGAUUGGAAAUGGCAACUUGGAAAGGGCUUGGCCUGUCAUUGGGACUCUGACAAGAACAGUUGAAUACAUGGGACUCUCUGUCGAACCGGAAUUGUAUCAACGCAAGAGAGGACUAUUAUCGAAUAGCUUGUCGCUACCAGAACCACGAGAUUGGUUAGAAGAAGAGGAGAGAAGACGGAUCUUCUGGAACGUCUUCAUACUUGAUAGAAUCUCAUCAAUCAUCAAAGGAUGGAGUCCAGGCAUUGACUCAGAGCAUGUUCGGCGAAGACUGCCUAUAUGCGGCGGGAGCUGGUUCCACAACGAGCCAGCCAUCACACCCUACUUCGGGAACUGGGGCGAGACAGUAGUGAAAAACAGUCACGAGACGAGUCCCUACUCUGUUGAAAGAAAUGCUGGUGGGUCGGCGGGCACUCGCAACAUUCAAGCCGGCGGCAAGGCAACUGGGGAUAUAUCCAAGAUUGGUGCCUUUGCUUAUUAUAUCCAGUCCAUCGAUUCACUUUGCCAGAUAUCGAAGAGCUUCCUACAACCUACCGUGGACUUCACCAACAGACAGGAGGUUUCUCUUUGGCUUACCAAGUUCAAAAAACUUGAUCUCCGUUUAGUACACUGGAAGAUGUACCUGCCUCAGCAAUGGAAAGACUCUGGUGUAUCGCGCAAGAUAAUGCCUGGCGUAAUGGACCCCAGCAUGACAUUGGCCAAUGCGACGCAUAACACAUCUGUAAUCCUUCUCCACGAGCGUAUCGCAUACCCGGGACCAGAGCUUCUCAGCCUAAAUCUCCCUAGUCAUUUCAGCGCCGAGAACUGCCUAAAUGCCGCUAUAGAGACUGCAAAUAUCACAAAGAAGUACCUUGGAGGCUACCCAUCUGCUCGUGCUGUGCCACCGCAAAUGGGAAUAUGCGCUUUUGUCAGUGCCAGAACCCUUCUUGUUCACUCUCAAUACUACAAUGCUCCUUUGUGCAAGGAAUUUCAGAACUUGAUGGAUAACUUGACUGACAUGUCCAAUCGAUGGGCUGGUCAUGAAAAGGCAGCUCAAACAGACAAGUCUCCCAACUUCUUCAACCAACUAUUCAACAGCCUUGAACUCCAACACCGAAGAUCCCAAGGAGCGGCUGCGGGCCAAAACAUAUCGAUCUCGGUCUCGGCACUUGAAGCUGAGGGUAGUCCUGUUUUUAAUUCGAGACUCGAUAAUUCUAAUGCGGCUCGAGAUAGCCACGUCCCUACCAAAACAAACGCGCUACCGAUUAUCAGUAGCUUGUCACCUGGAAUGUCUUCUUUAAACCAAUUGAGCAACAGCCAAUGGCACGUCGACUCACAAUCCCCAACUGCCAUCUCCAGGGAUGACUUGUUUACGAUAUCUCAAACGCUAAUGAAUAAUGACUUUCUUGAGCUAGACCGUAUUGUCAGUUUUGAGGAUAUGAUGGCAAUUGGGAAUAUGACACAGUAUUAUAGUACUGAUAGCUAG